AUGAAUACCGAAAGAAAAACUGCAAGUAUCCUCGGAGGCAAGACGGCCAAGGCUUGCGAUAGCUGUUUACAAAAGAGGGCUCGAUGGUAUUGUUCGGCUGACGAUGCUUUUCUAUGCCAAUCGUGUGAUGCAUCUGUGCAUUCGGCUAACCAGUUGGCUAGUCGACACAGAAGGGUUCGACUUGAAUCCUCAUCUUUUAAGGCGAAAGGAAAUGAAGAUUCGGGACCGGCUUGGUACCGUGGAUUCACUCGAAAGGCUAGAACUCCACGACAGGCGAAGUCCAAUCUACUGCAACCAUCUCUUCUAGUCCCGGAGAUUAACAGUGAAGAGACUUCUCUAGUGGAAAAUGAGGACCAUCUUCUUUAUAGGGUUCCUGUUUUUGACGGCCAUCUUGAUGCUGACAUUUUUACAGCAUCAAAUCCAACGGAGAAUGAUGAAAAAGGAUGUGAUUUUGAUUUUCAAGAGUUUGUUACUUCUGAUGCUGAGCUUGCGGAGUUCGCGGCCGAUGUAGAGAGUUUACUAGGAACAGGACUUGAGGAUUCUCAUGAGAUUGAAUUAGGGUUGGGAAGAAUGGAUAGCAAAGAAGAAGAUAUAAUCGAAAAACGGGUCAAAGUUGAGGACGAUGAAGAUGACAAUGAAAUGAAAGCCGUUAUAGCGUGUCAUUUAGAUCCAGCAUUAGAUAUGGCUAGAGAAACAUUCAACUGGAAUUCUGAUUAUGAAUCUCCAGUAUUGACUGGAGAAGAAGGUGAGGAGAAUAAGGUUAUCGGAACCGUUAACAUUAAUGAGAUGACGACGACGAUUGAUUGUCAAAACGAAGCAGAAGUUAUUAAGAGGAUGUUUUUAAGGAUCAACUAUGAAGCAGUUAUCGCUGCUUGGGCUAGUCAAGGUUCUCCGUGGACGAAUGGUAUUCGACCUGAUCAGUUCGAAGUUAAUGACUUGUUGGAUACCUUCCAGGAAGGGGGUCCUAAUCUAUACGACGGGCUUAGUGGACGGUUGUGGAGCAGUGACGCGGUAAAAAGAGCAAAAGUAUCAAGGUACCGGGAAAAGAGACGAAUGAGAUUGUUCUCAAAGAAAAUUCGAUAUGAAGUUAGGAAAUUGAAUGCAGAGAAGAGGCCUCGAAUGAAAGGUCGAUUCGUCAAGCGAACAACCUCUGCAGGGUCUUCUAUUUCUUACCAAAUGAAUAAAGUGUCAUGA